GGUUACUGCGGAGUGUUAUCGACCCGGUGGCUGUGUAUGCGCAUAGCUUAGUAGUUGAGAGCACGGGUAGGAUGGUGAAAGGAGAGGUCAGUCACGGCGGCAGUGGAAGUGCGGAGUUGAAGCGCAAGCGGGCGGAGAAGUGCGCCUUGUACCUGACGCGGUUGCGGAGAAGCCAUUCUGGUUUGAAAAGGCAAUGGUCGUCGCCGGUGGCAUCGGUGGUGUGCCAUGGCCGCUGGUGCAUUUGUCGCUCUGGCAAGUUCCUGACAAACAACUAUAUGAACUUCCACAAGAGCGGGCUGCCCAGGCGGAUCAUGUUCUUCUCGCAAGGGGAGUGGCGCGAUUUCCCUGCUCAUGUCACCGGUCCCCUUGCAAAUGCCUUCUUCAGUAAGACAUCCGCUUUGGUGGUGGUGCUGGAUGGGCGUCCCUGCCUCGUCGAUUUUUCUGGCAUGAUCCUGCUUGAUUUGAGAAGCGGGUUGGCGCAAUCCAUUGCAUGGAUUGACGAAUCGGAACGAUGCUUCUUUCCAAUGUUUACCUUUGAUUGUAGUGAGUAUAGAAAAACAGAGUAUGAGAACGAGAACAGAGGGAACGGCGAAAACAUGAAGGUCGCAGAUAGACCAACACUUGAGGCGGAAUUUAAAAGUGCUGUCAACGGAACAGAUCGUUCAAAGACAGCGGAUGAGAAUCACGUCCGAGUUUCAUAUACAAGGGUUGUAACCAUUCAGCAGGGAGGCAAGAAUGGUGGCUUUGAUCGGCCGUCCAGUUUGAGGGAUGGGGCUCCAUUAUAUCCCGGGUCGGGGGCCCUGCGUGAUACGGUACAGGCAUUAGAUAGAGGUUCAAGUGAUUAUAUUCGUGUCCGUAACAUAUUUCUUAUCGGAAUGGGAACGCUCGUUACAGCUGCUGAUAUAGUGGGGAUCUAUCGGUAUUCUCCCACUUGUAUAUUAGCGCAGAAACGGGUAAAGUUAUUUGAGGACUCAAUUCAGUUUGUGAAAGGUUACCGUGGAGAUGCAAACGUUCGAUAUGCAUGGUAUGGUUCUGGGAUAGAAGGUAUUCUCGAGGUUAUGCUUCAUGGCUUCGGAAGAAUUCGUAAGCCAGCGAAUGGAGUGGCUUAUGGGAGCAGGGUAUAUCUUUCGCCGUAUGAAUGCUCUCAUAUCAGCUCUAGUUAUUCGGACGUUGACGAAAUUGGCAUGCCACACAUGGUCUUAUGUCGUGUGAUAAUGGGAAAUAUGGAAAAGACCCCUUUUGGCUCCGAGCAAUUCCAUCCUAGCAGUGAAAGAUUUGACAGUGGUGUGGAUGAUCUUAGUAAUCCCAAGCACUAUGUCGUUUGGGGCACUGACAUGAACAUACACAUACUUCCGGACUAUGUUUUGAGCUUUAAGAUACCCCCUGUUGCCCAAGUCUUUCUAAAAUAUUCAGAGACUCGCACUGAACUGAAGGGAAGGCAUAGCAAGAUUGGGUCAGCGACAGUUACAGAUUCCCAACCCCCUGACGUACAAAGCAAAUCGUCAUACGUUCUAAUUUGGCCACAUAUGGACAAUAGCUCUCCAACGUUCUCAGAGUGGCCAGCAAAAUAUACAGACAAAUCUCCUGGAGAUGGCGUUGAAUCCAAGUUCCAUUAUGCCAAGAAGCAACUUGAUUAUUACGUUGGAGAGUUCGAGGAGAAAAGGCUGACCAGAGAGGAUGUAGUUAAAAAGUUUAGGCUGAUUGUUGGGGACGGCCUGCUUAUGAACAUCUUGCAAAAGUGGCAAAAACUUGAGGGAAACAGAACUCGACAAAUGCUGUUCUGGAAGCUUUAGGAUGACAAACGCAGGUAUGCUUAGUGGCAUAAUAUUCGUAUUUCAUUCUCUGAUUUCACUUUAUCAUUUUUUCUGCUUCCAUAAUUCCACUUCUCCAGGAUAUUAGGUUAGAGUACGAAUGUGAGAAUCAUUUAUUAUUACUCAAGUGACUGUCAUCAUGUUGUAAUUACUAGUGGAGAUCUCAUGUAUGACUUGUGAACAACCAAAUUUAGCUGGAGAUCUAUGAUUCUCAAAUAGAAAUAUUUGUGACUAUUAUUAAGCAGUGGCUUCAGAAAUGGUGUAACUGCAAUUUCUAUUAUGGGCAUUAUAUGUGAGGCAUGGGCAGAAGCAAACUGGAUUUUUGAGAUGGACAAUUAUUGAGGGUUCCCAUAUUUGGGUCCAAAUUUACUUUAUGUCCAGAAACCUUCCAUUUUAUUGCUUCAUUUUUAUUGUUUCAGGAGAAUUAUUGUAGCUACCUAUUUUUUCUCCAGAUAUCCUUUCUUGCAGAAAAUAGAAAAAGGCUGCAGAAAUUUCAUGCUCCGCUCUGCUGAGUCAGUCAAGUUUUAGUAUGACUUGUUGAGCUAUAAAUUUAGUCUGAGACUCAUACAUCUAUUUGAUAUGUGUAUUUGUGUGUUUUGCAUCACAUCGUAUAUCAAGCA